CUUAAAAUACAAAUAAUGGAGUUGCGUUCAUCACAAUAAUUGGGAAAGUGUUUAUAUGUACUCCAGGUGUCUCGACCUACUCUCAAUACGGAUCUCUGGACGCCUUUAGGGUUUUAUUGACUGUACGUCACGGUGUUUGCGUCAAUAGGCGUUCUUACCAACAACAACAAGUAAGAAAUAGCUACAGUAUUAACACGGCGUGACGACGGACGAGCGGUACUUUGGAAAUAAAUGCGUGAUAGACUGUGUCUGACUGACCAAAUUAAGAUGACAUACAGUGAUUAUUGUUAAUACUCUCACAUAUAUUUGUUAGGUGUUUUGGUGUUUAUUUCUGACAGCCUCGGGGACAGCAAGGUGAAUUCAUAGAUUUAUGGAGAGGUUGAUCGGAACCGUCUUGCUGGCGUGGACAGUGGUCAUCCUGGUUACUACAAAGAGGUGUGAUGCAAUAGACUUCCCCCAUCCGUACUCGCUGUUUAUUAACAGCCCAGGAAAUCAUGUUUGUGUGACCACUCACACAGAGGAAACCAAAUAUUAUGUGAAGUGUAGCUUCUGGAAGUGGGGUCGCUGUACCAGAUAUGCAGAUAAAACAAUCUACAAUUAUUUUUGCUGUAACGGCUAUCAGAACUGGUAUGACGACCUCACUAGCUGUAAUCAUGCUAUUUGUAACAGGCGAAUCAAUCCAGGUGAUGAAGGUGCCUGUACACAAUAUUACAGUGAUGACUUUAUCCAGUACCGGUCUGGCCUCAUACAAAGACAUAGCGGGGGCAGUUGUGACGCUCCAGAACAAUGUGCCAGCUGUAAUGAUGGUUUUUAUGCCAAUGGGGGCAUGUGUGAUAUUUGCCCGAAAAUUGAUCACUGCCUUCACAGAAAGUGUACUUCUCCAUGGGAUAACCUUUGUGCUUACUGUGAUGGGGAGAUCCUGGAGCAGCAGUACUGGCGGGCUUAUACUCCAGACACAGACGGAGGAAGAAGCUGUAAACAGGCAUGUUCAUGGAGGUCUGACAGCACACGCUGCUACCCUGGCAAAUGUUCGACAGAAACAGUUGAUAGUUGUGUAUGCAUGCAAGGUUUCACUGGUUUCCACUGUGAUGAAAUUAUUGACACCCCUACCAUCACCGACCAGCAAGCAGUCCUUCAUGACCGUAAUGGUAGAACAGUGGAAAACCCAGCCGAUAUCAGUGCCAGCUACUCAUAUCCAAUGCCUACUGUCUGGACCAAUAACAGGCUUAUCGACCGGGUUGAUGCCUACUUUACUGGAGUGUUUAAGGUGGAUGUACCCGUGGCCGACCUUCCACCGCCACCUUCCAGUGAUGGGACUACUCAUUUUGUGACAGACUUUCAGUAUGGUAUUAUUGGUGGUGACAUGAAAUUCACCUUAUACAGAGGUUCAGCUGCUGUUUGGCCUAUUUACACAAGACAGUGUCAGGGGUCAGACAUGAAUCCGACAAAUUUAGAAUACACGUGUUCUCAGCAAAUCACCUUCAGAGCAUGGAGCAACUUCAUGCAUAAUGACAAAUUAUACUUUGACCUGUCAGUAAAAAAUGGAGGGUAUGUGAGAAUCAUCCAUCGAGAGAACUCCUAUGCUCAAACCUUGUUCAAGUUGAAAGGAAAGACCCACUCGCGGCAAGUUCAUGUAUCACUUUGACAUGGAACUACCAUAUCAUGUUUGUACCGAAAGUGGGAGUACUUCCUGUGGCCAGGCUGUCACCGCACCGGAUCUUACUGAAGAUCCAUCAAUCACCUUCAGCUGGGAUGGUUGGGCAGACAAUUUGUCUGGUCUGGACAGGUAUGAGUAUGAAGUGUACACCACACGGAUCUCCCGGGGACUGUUGAUGGAAG